AGAAGCCCUCACGUGUACUUUCAGACUGUCGCGCGAAGCAAUCCAAUCCUCAGGUAUAGCACAUUUCGCGAACCCCGUACGCCAUGGCACCAAAGAUGCCAGCGGUCGGUAUCGACCUCGGCACUACGUAUUCCUGUGUAGGGGUCUGGCAGCACGGCAAGGUAGAGAUCAUUGCCAAUGACCAGGGCAACAGGACGACACCCAGCUACGUCGCUUUCGGCGACAGCGAGCGCCUGAUCGGAGAUGCCGCCAAGAACCAAGUGGCGAUGAAUCCGCAGAACACAGUGUUCGACGCGAAGCGGCUCAUCGGCCGCAAGUACGACGACCCCAAGAUCCAGGGUGACUUGAAGCAGUGGCCGUUCAAAGUGGUCAACGACGGAGGGAAGCCGAAGAUCGUCGUGGAGUACAAAGGAGAGGUGAAAAGGUUCUCCCCAGAGGAGAUAAGUUCCAUGGUGCUGACCAAGAUGAAGGAGACAGCCGAGGCGUACCUCGGUGGCAAAGUGACCGACGCGGUCGUCACCGUGCCGGCGUACUUCAACGACUCGCAGCGGCAAGCGACGAAAGACGCCGGCGCCAUCGCGGGUCUCAACGUGCUGAGGAUCAUCAACGAGCCGACAGCCGCGGCGCUGGCAUACGGCCUGGAUAAAAAUCUGCGCGGCGAGAAGAACGUGCUCAUCUUUGAUCUGGGCGGCGGGACUUUCGACGUUUCGGUGCUCACCAUCGACGAAGGCUCGCUGUUCGAGGUCAAGGCGACGGCAGGAGACACCCACUUGGGCGGGGAAGACUUCGACAGCCGCCUGGUGAACCACUUCGCCGAGGAGUUCAAGAGGAAGUUCCGGAAGGACCUGCGCAGCAAUCCUCGCGCUCUGCGCCGCCUGCGGACUGCGGCCGAGCGCGCCAAGAGGACGCUCUCCUCAAGCACCGAAGCGAGCAUCGAGAUCGACGCGCUCUUCGAGGGUGUCGACUUCUACACCAAAGUGUCGCGCGCCCGCUUCGAAGAGCUGUGCUCCGAUCUCUUCCGGUCGACGCUCCAGCCGGUCGAGAAAGCGCUGGCCGACGCCAAGCUGGACAAGUCGGCGAUACACGACGUCGUGAUGGUCGGCGGAUCGACGCGAAUUCCGAAGAUCCAGAGCCUGCUCCAGAACUUCUUCAACGGCAAAGCGCUUAACCUGUCGAUCAACCCGGACGAAGCGGUGGCCUACGGGGCGGCGGUGCAGGCCGCCAUCCUCAGCGGUGAUUCCAGCUCCCAGAUCCAAGACGUGCUGUUGGUGGAUGUGACGCCGCUGUCGCUAGGCAUCGAAACUGCCGGCGGCGUCAUGACGAACAUCGUCGAACGGAACACGCGCAUUCCCUGCAAGCAGACGCAGACGUUCACGACGUAUUCCGACAACCAGCCCGCUGUCACCGUCCAGGUCUUCGAGGGUGAGCGUGCUCUUACAAGGGAUAACAACCUGCUGGGAACCUUCGACUUGUGUGGCAUCCCACCUGCUCCCAGAGGCGUUCCUAAGAUUCAGGUGACGUUCGACAUCGACGCGAACGGCAUCCUGAACGUGUCGGCGCGCGACGAGAGCACGGGCCACUCGCGCAACAUCACCAUCCGCAACGACAAGGGCCGGCUGUCCAAGGCGGAGAUCGAGCGCAUGCUGGCGGACGCGGAGCGCUACCGCGCCGAGGACGAGCGGCAGCGCGAGCGCGUGGCCGCGCGCAACCGCCUCGAGGGCUACGUGUACGGCGCGCGCCAGGCGCUGGACGACGCGGGCUCCAGGCUGCCCGACGCGGAGCGCCGGCGCGCCAGGGACGCCUGCGACGACGCGCUUCGCUGGCUCGACGCGCACCCCGGCGCAGACCGCGCCGACUACGAGCAGCGCCUGCGCGACGUGCAGGCACUGUGCGCGCCGCUCAUGUCGCGGCUGCACCAGCAGGCCGGCGGCGGCGGCCGCGGCGGCUACGGCGGCCGGCAGCAGGACGGGCCCGUCAUCGAGGAGGUCGACUGAGCGCGCGGGCGAAUCGAUACAUCGACGGCGCCACUACUGUCGAUAGCACUACGCACGUCCUGUAGGAGAGACUGAAGUUUGGAGGUGGCUGACUACCUCUUCUUGUUUUAUUUUUUUUUUCGGCUUCUCGACAAGGACAUUUGAAGCUAGAGCCCACUGAGACUGCAUAAGACAAUAGUACAAAAAGAUAAUUAUACUGUACUCCACACAAUAGUCUUGAGAGAUUCAGCAACUGCAUAGAUAUUUAAGACAAUUCUCAUUUAUUGUUAUGUCUCAAGCAGCACAUUUUUAAUUAGACUGCAUGUUUCGAUCA